AUGCAAAAGGGGUCGAAUGCAUUAAAAAUUAGUGUUGUAGGAGAUUUAGGUACAGGAAAAUCAUCUCUAGUUCUCCGAUUUGUUCAGUCUUCUUUCUCGGAUGCUCUUGAUCCCAGCUUAGAGGAUAAUUACCUAGGAGUUGCUGACUUAGAUAACGGAGAGAGAUACAAGUUAGAUAUUCUUGAUACGGUGGAUGAUGAACUUUCGGACGAUUUGGAAGAAGUCAUCAAGCUUUCAGACAGUGAUGUGAUUAUAUUAACCUACAGCAUAAGUGAAGAUGCCAGCUACAAUAAUCUUUUUCUAAGGUGUUCCAGGUUCAGGACAAGAAAAGAAAAAAUACGGAAGAAUGGCACUCUUCCGAAAACUUUGAUUGUGGGUACCAAAUCUGAUUUGGAGGACCAUAGACAAGUGCCAAGGAGCUCGGGUGAGAAGCUCAUGAAAGCAUUUGGCUUGAAUGGAUUUAUAGAGUGCAGUUCCAAAUCUGGAUAUAAUGUGGAUGAGGCUUUCAAGAUUGCUGCGCAACUUGCAUUAGAGAAGAGGUUGGAACAGGGAAUUAGCAUCGAUGCGGUUUACCAAGACCGUUCUGGGACUACUGUGGAUAGGAAGGAAGGUUCGGAAUUUGAUACGGAUAAAGACCCUUCAAGUCAAGAAAAUGAGUGCAUUGGUGACAAGGAUCCAGCUCAUUUGAAUAGCUUAAGUGCGACGUUACAAUCGGGUCGGAGAAAUGACCAGAGUACUGGCUCACUGGAAGAUGCCGCCAAGUCGAAGCCAGAGCAUGAAUCAUCUUGCUGUGUGAUCAUGUAA